AUGAUUACAAAUAACAAAAAAACUGGCAGAAGUAGAGCAACAUGUCCAUAUGAAACAGAAUUGACGGAUUUAAUUGGGAGUAAACAUAAUAUUGAACCUCUAAUCACAUCUGGAAAUAAAGGCACAAUACUGAGAACUGACAGAACUACACCUACAUUCACUAGUGGUGUAUCUGAAACAGAAAAUAUACCGACAGGAAGUAACGCAUCAGCCAGUCAAGAUAUUUCAAUAUUUGAAUCGGGAACAACCAACCAAGAAUCAAUGCCAAUAGCAACAACACCAACUAUGUCUAAUCAGUCUAAUCUACAAAACACACUUUCUGUUGAAGAAAUGCAAAGCAGAAACAAGAGGCAAAUGGGCACAACAGCAAAAGUAUUGCAAAUGUGUCAAGAAAGUAUGAAAGAACUGAUAGAACGUAUUCAAGAAGAAAAGCACGAUAAAAUUGAAAGAGAAAAAGAGAUAUUAACGGAAUAUAGACAAAUGAGACAAUCGUAUGAAAAAUAUUUAGACAAAGUACAGGAGCAAUUGAUAAUUGCAAACAAAAUGAGAGAAGAAAGAAAUAAUUUAUUAAAAGCUUAUCUCGAUAAGCAAACUAAAUAA